UCGCGCUCUCCUCCCGGAUUCUUCUCAGCUCGCGAGGGGACGAACACGCGCCCGGCCGAUUGUUUCCAGCGGAGAGGAACGGUGAAGAGGAGUUAAUGUGACCGGAGAACUUGAUGCGAAGGACCGGGUAGGAAGAGGAGAGACACCGAGGAGGAGAACCGCAGAGCCCGCGUCCCUGGGUUGGGUGAAGCCCCGCAGAGGAGCCCCGAAAGUCGGCAGGAAUCCGUGCGGAGCGUCGCUGUAGCUCACUCCAUCUCUCUGGUGACUCAACGUACCUCCGUCCUCACCACGCUCCUCUCAUGCUCGCUGAAAAUGAAUGACGCACAGGACGGGGUUCAGAUUGGAGAGAACAAGUUCAUCAGCAAGGCAACCGUCCUCUCCCAUCUGAAGACGUACAAUCUCUACUAUGAUGGACAAAAUCUACAGCUCCGACACAGAGAAGAAGAGGAGGAGCUGAUUGUCGAGGGCCUGCUGAAUAUCUUUUGGGGCCUGCGUCGACCAAUCAGGCUUCAGAUGCAGGAUGACCACGAGCGGAUCCGACCGCCCCCCUCCUCCACAUCCUGGCAUUCUGGGUGUAAUCUGGACAGUCAAGGUUCCCCCAGCAGCACAGAUGGUGAACAUUUGUUAGAGCAGGACCCGCCCACAUUGGAGGUGACGCCACCCGACAACGAACCGGAGGACAAUGGGGAGAUGGAACAGGAGGCAGACGAGGAGAACGAGAGCUCCGCCCAGCUCCUUCGAACAAAGAGCGAUGCCGGAGUCCUGAGACGAGGCCAGCGACGCUCACCGAGCGACCAGAGGAAAAUACGACGCCAUCGCUUCUCCAUCAACGGACACUUCUACAACCACAAGACAGCAGUGUUUACUCCUGCUUUUGGCUCAGUGACUAAUGUUCGCAUCAACAGCUGCAUGAGGACGCCUCAGGUGCUGCGAGUCCUCCUCAACAAGUUUAAAAUUGAAAACAGCCCCGAUGACUUCGCGCUCUACCUUGUCCACACCAGUGGAGAGCGCAUGAAGCUGAAGCGCAGUGACUAUCCUCUGGUGCUGAGGGUGAUGCAGGGUCCAUGCGAGCAGGUCUGCAAAGUCUUCCUCAUGGAAGCAGACCUGGGGGAAGAAGUCACGUAUGAUGUGGCGCAGUAUAUAAAGUUUGAGAUGCCUGUCCUGAAGAGUUUCAUCACCAAGCUGAAGGAGGAGGAGGAUCGGGAGGUGCAGAAACUCAGGAGAAGAUAUAACUACCUGCGUUGUGUACUAGAGAAGCAGCUCCGUUGUCCUCCAGAGGGGGCGACGUGCAUGUGAUCGGCUCGCGGUGACGACUCCCCCCCCCCCCCCCCCCCGCACAUCAAACCAUCACAAACAUUUCCCAGAGUUCAGUAUCCUCCGCUCAGCUGUGACCACGAAUCACGUGACAAGAAAUCAAUGUUCGACCCUGAGCGAUGGAUCCGCUCCUCAGAGUUCCAGCCUCUGCGUGGAGUCAUUCAGCUCGCUGACAACACUCCGACAUGCCGUGUUGUGCGCAUGUUAACUGUGACCAACUCAGCAACAGUCCUGAGAGUCAUGAGGACUCACGCAGCCUCGUAGAGUCUCUUGAUUCCGAUCCGACCAGUUUUAUUUCUCCGCUUUUCUUCCUCUCGGCCGUCACACUCCUCUUCCUCUGAGUAAAGUUAGUGUCUUCGCAGUAAAAGUACUUUGCAGGAUCGGCCUAAAAUGUGACCACAGUCUGAAAGCUGAUCCCCCCCGAAAUCAAUUCUAAGCACAAACCUCCCAUUAUGCAGUCUUAGCAAAGUGCCUGUUUUAAAGGUUUCUCCGAGCACAAAGACACAGUUUGAUAAAGAUAGGAUCAAGUUGGUGUGAUGUGCGAGACGGAAGGGAAUCACUGGGGGUUCGAUCGAGGCCACGCUGCAGCCAGAACAUUCAGAUUCAGUCGAUGUGAAACUGACGUGACCACGAGCACAAGUUCAUGUCCUCAAAGCAGCGUCCAGUCCCGAGUCGUACCCGGUGCCCUUAUGCUCCUUGCUGUUUGAGAACGUGUUCAAUAUUGUGAUUGAAGGGAUUUCUAGACCCUUUCCAUUUCACCUGCAGCUGAUAGUUUUACUGCAGGGACGAUUAAAAGACCAUGUGAGCCAAUAUGUUGUAAACAUUGGUCUGAUGGUUACACCAGUACAAUUGCUAUGUGUAGGCAGGAGUGUUUACGGUGUUUGAUUGUUAAAGGAAUCGUUCGGCUUUCUGGGAAAAACAGGCAUUCGUUUUUCUUGUUUACACAUAUCUGAGAAUACUGGUACUUACUUCAGUUGAUAAAAUGAAAAGAAGAUGAAGAUGUGAUCUGCACCAAACAAGCAUGUUCCCUCCCCUCUGUAGAUUAUGGUUUAUAGCUCCGACAUCUCCGAUUUGUAUCAUUUUAAGUUGAAACAUACAGUUUUUUUUGUUUUUUUUAAUUUAUUACUCAAAGAAAAUAAUUCAAGCUUCAGCCGUCAUUUGAGAGAUGAGAAACAAGGGGAGACACGUCCAAAGGGAAAGAAAGCCACCUGCCAGCACCUCUGUACAAAAACCAAAGUGUAUAAAAGGAUGUUACCGGCUUUAACAUGGAGAAGCAUCUUUUUUUACACCUUGAUUCUUGUGUUGAUUAAACAAGCACAAUAUCAUGUCAAGAUCAGAGAACUAUUAAAAGUGCUGGUUGGUGGAUUAGUUUACCUUUUUUUCAAACUAAGCUAUCAAAGUUAACUCCUGGAUAUGUAGCUUCACAUGUUCUAUACAGACACAAGAGUGCUACCAGUCAUUUAAUCAAACUCACUCCAAGAAAUCAAAUGUGCACAUUUUCCAAAAAGUCAAACUGAUUCUUUAAAGAAGAAAUAAUCUUGUAAUAAUUCUAUAACUCUUUUGAGCCUCUGUGUUUUCUGGCUGGUCGGGUUUUUCCUCCCCAAACUUUACUGCCUUAAAUUAAUAAAUGUUAUUUCCAGCACAGUAAAAUAAAAUUCUUAAACAGUGAAUCCUCAGAGGUGUUGAAACAGGAGCCUGGUUGUGAAAAGAACAUGUUAAUAAUAUUCACAGGUGGUUUCAUCAAUCUGCUUCAUGAGAACGACACAAAAAGCACAAAGAAAGGGUGAAAUCACACAAGACUGUGAAUUAUAGUGACGAUCUUAAAAUGGAGAAUGUUUUUAAAUGUACGAGUGACUGAGCUUUGCAUGAGACUGCUUUUCUCUGUGCGUUGGUUGAGUGUUUCCAACAUCAAAUCCCUUCUUAAGGCAAACAGUGGACCAUGUCAUCAUGCGUGUGUGUGUGUGUGCGCCCGCUUCUGAGAGUGUGCAUGUUAUAUUUUUAGUGACUCUCAAGACUUGCCUGCUUUUGUAUUGUGACUUUUACAAAUUAAUGAAGAAACGUCCGCCUUUCAAAUGUUCCGAGGUCAAGCCACUAUGUAGAAAAUGUAGUGUUUUUUUUGUACAAUUGUUAUUUAAUAAAAAAACUACAAAAAGUUAUCUUGAGAAAA